AAAGAUGAGGACGAGGGGGAAGAAGAAGAGAAAAAGAAUAAGAAGAGGAAGAAGAAGAUGAUGAAAAAGAAGAAGAAGAAGAAGAAGGAGGAGGAGAAAAAGAAGAGGAAGAAAGAAAAGAGAAAGAGAGAGAGAGAGAAGAGAAGAGAAGAGAAGAGAAGAGAAGAAAUAAAUGACUAUGAUCUUCGCUUUACUAUAUUGUCUGUGUCUGAGUGCUAG